AUGGACGCAUCCACCAAACCAUCCACAUCACUACCCUCAUCCAACCCUCCCAGCGUCGAGGGCGCCUACAAGCGCAAAUGCAUCGCGCUCAAGAAACGCCUCAACGAAAUUGAAGCCGAGAAUGAGAUGAUGCGCAUGCGCAACCGUCGCGGCUGGCAGUAUAUCCAGAAGAUGCGCCUGGAGUCCUGCAUCCUGCUCGAGCGCCUGGCCAAGGUCACGGGCAUGGCCGAGGAGGCGCAGGCGGGCGUGAACCCGGAGCUGCGCGCUCGCGCCACGGCCGCCAUGACCAACGCGGCGAUGCUGAAUGGGUUAUCUGGUGGAACGGGCGCGGCGUAUGUCGAGGAUGAGACAGAGGGGAGCUCGGAUGAACAGCCGCCGACGCCUCAAGAACGGCCACUCCGCGUGAAGCGCUCGCGGAAGUCGAAUAUCGGUGACGGAAUGGAUGAUGAACCGUCGACGAGCAACCCGCCCGAAGGCGAUGCCGGUGAUGCUGCGGCUCUGCCGCGGCUCGCUCCGGCUCCCACACAAGAGGAGAUGACCUCCACGUUCCGGAUUCGGACAGGCAGCAACGGCGCCAUACACGAAGGGGAGAGCAGUCAUGCUGUCAGCGAGCGUGGCAGCCAGGUCCCCGAGUCGGGGCCUGUAGAGUCGGCGAAGGAUCUUUCGACGACGCCGAUGGAUGUGGAUACCAAGGUGCCAAUUGGGGAAAGCUGA